AUGGCCAGUGCGACCCCCGAUGAGAAGUCAGUUGGCCGUGACACGCUGCCAGAGAGCACAUCUCCCCACAGAUCCCCAACCCGCUUGGCUGAUGAUCUGCCGUCUGAGGAAGAUGAAGUCAAAACCAGCAUUCUUCUGAUGGGGUGGACGCUGGGUGGAAUCAUAGCCAGCCUCAUGUUAGGCGUUUUCUGCAUGGCGUUGGAUAAUACCAUCAUCUCCGUCGCCAUUCCCAAAAUCACGACUGACUUUCACAACCUCAACGAUGUGGACUGGUAUGCCUCGGCGUAUCUACGGUGA